AUGUCGGAGACUAAAGUAAGCCAAGAUAGAAGAGUGGUACGCGAAUUUCUCGGAUUAGACGAUUGCACUAAAACCAAUAUGAUUUUAUUGGCUACCGAAUUUUUUGGUACCUUAGCCAUCGCCACUCUCACUUUAAUUCUUACUAUGGCACAACAGUACGUUGAUCCACAAGAAGCAUUAAAUCGAUCAGAUUGUCCUUCAGCAGGUGCUUCAAUCGAACAGAUUGCCUUCGGUUUGGGUUUGGUGUUCGCUGGCGUAUCACAAGUUCUGGGACGCCGCAGUACUUGCCACCUUAAUCCUGCUGUUACAAUGGGCACAAACGUUGUUGAUUCAAUUAAUUUGCUAAUGUGUUUUCCGUUCAUUAUAAUCCAAUGUUUGGGUUCUGUAGUUGGAGUUGUAGCGGCGCUUGCUAUACUACCUACCAAAUUGAAAAGAACACAUCUGGGGCUGCCAAAACAUCCACAUGUCUCUACUGCGGGCACAAUAAUAAUUGAAGUGCUACUCACAUUUAUUUGGGUCUUUCUGGCGGAAAGUGUAAAGAGUCAAAAUUGUGGCAUACUUUUCUGCAUAUCGCUAGCUCCGAUGAUUGGUGGCACUUUGGGAGCCUUUACUUAUAAAUCGAUUUUCGCUGUGCCACCAGUUGAACCUGAGGAGGAUGAACCUGAUUUAUAA